AUGGAACCAAGCAUGAGAUUCUCCGACUGUCUUAUGUCGCCUGUAGUGACCGUGACAAUCACCACUAGAGAAAACCACACCGGCACCAAGCAAGAGAAAACCUUCAACAUCCACUCGGAGCUCUUGCGACAAGAAUCCGAAUACUUCGCGGAGCAUCUCCAAGGUAAGCUGCAGGAGCAGUACAGUCGCAAAGUCGUCCUCGACGACGUCGACCCAGGCUGUUUCGGCUACUUUGUCGAGUACCUGUACCGCAACGGCUGGGUGCUGGACAAUCCCAAAGACAACAACAACAACAACAACAACAACAACAACAACAACAACAACAACAACAACGACAACAACGACAACAACGAGAACAACAGGAACCACAUGGCUGAAGGUGACUUUGUCACCAUCGGUCUGCUGUACGCUCUGGGGCAGCGCCUGGUCGCCGGGCGGUUCCAGGAAGCGCUCUUCAACAAAUUCGCCAGUCACUUUCUCGCCGAGAAGCAUGGUGCGAGGGAGCUCUGCGAGUUGUUGGCCAUUGUUGGCGACGUGCUGCCCGAACAACACCCGGAGAUCGGACUCCGUCACUACAUCCUCGCAUACACAGUUAAACACCUGGAUGACUUGAGAGGCUACCACGGCUUUGACGCGGUACUGGAAAGAAUGCCUAGCCUGGGCCGAUGCAUCCUGUCUGUCGAUCCACACCCCUUACUGGACGUCUCGAAUAUCAGGCCCAGCGCCGGCGAAGCAGCGAGAUACGAGGAAAUAAGGUGUCCGAGCCCGCCAUACAAGAAGCAAUGUCGCUUCCGGCCAGAGUUCAGAGCCGGCGAAGCAGCGAGAUACGAGGAAACAAGGUGUCCGAGCCCGCCAUGCAAGAAGCAAUGUCGCUUCCGGCCAGAGUUCAGAGCCGAAUCUUCUUCUCCACCGCCUUCACCUCUCACAACUGUGGGAACCAUCAAGGAUGAACGCCGGAGAUCGUCCUCGAGAACGCGUAAGCCUCUUGAAAGGUCCCCCACACCUCUGGAUUCCAGAUACUUCAUCCCAGAGUACACACAACAGCGUUUCUCACAGAACACGGGGUCCUGCGCUCACUGGACAGCAUCCCAUGAGUUGCACUGAACGAAUCGAGCCAAACCGAAUGUCGUCAGCACGAGCGAGAGCGGGUUGUUGAACUGGAAAUUGACUGAAGAAGGAUAGAGAGAGAGAGAGAGAGAGAGAGAGAGAGAGAGAGAGAGAGAGAGAGAGAGAGAGAGAGAGAGAGAUAGAUAGAGAGAGACAGAG